AUGAUAUCUCUAACAAGACUAUCCGGAAAUCCAGGGGCCAGAUCCAUUGCCAUCGGAGUCUGCGCGCACAAAUUUGCCAGACUAUAUGCUAAUUACCCGCCUCUGAUCACCGUGGAUGGGAAAGCCUAUGAGACGGACGAAUGGACGAAUGUGCCGAAACUGAUUCUUGCGCUCACUGACCGCCAAUUACACCAGAAACCCAACCACCCAAUUGGCAUCCUCCGAGAGUUGAUUCAGAAUAAUUUCAAGGGGCUAGGUUAUACUUUUUACAACGAUUUCCGCCCCACUGUCACGACAUACCAAAACUUCGAUGUACUUGAAUUUCCAGCAGACCAUCCCGGUAGAUCCAAACUGGACACCUAUUAUUUGAACAAGGGGCAUCUUCUCAGGACACACACUUCUGCACACGAACAUGAAUGCUUUCAGAUCUGCGAGACUCCAGGAUACUUCAUCACAGCAGACGUUUAUAGAAGGGACGAAAUCGACCGCACCCAUUACCCCGCUUUCCACCAGAUGGAGGGUGCUAGGCUUUGGUCUAAACAAAAUCCAGAAUUGUUGAAAGAGUUGCAGAAUGAUAUCGACUCUAUCCCCAAUACGAACAUCAUUGUCGAGGACCCAUUCCGCGAGAACCCUUCCAAUGCGGAAAACCCAAAGCAACAGUAUAUGACCGAUCCGGAAGUCAGGCUCGUGGCCACUCAUUUGAAGAAGACCGUCGAGUAUAUGGUGAACUUGGUUUUUGAGAAGGCUCGUGAGUCCGCGUUGAAAGCAGGUUCAAAGGAAGAAUACUUGAAUGAGCCAUUGAAAGUCAGAUGGGUCGAGGCUUACUUUCCCUGGACGUCUCCCUCAUGGGAGAUCGAGGUCUGGUGGAAGGGUGAGUGGCUAGAAUGCUGUGGAUGUGGAGUUGUCCAACAGCAAAUCUUGUUGAACUCUGGACUACCAGUAGAUAAGUUGGGAUGGGCAUUCGGUGUCGGCUUAGACAGAAUCGCCAUGCUCCUUUUUGGGAUUCCCGACAUCAGGCUCUUCUGGUCAUUGGAUGAAAGAUUUGCCCGCCAGUUUACUCAGGGAACAAUCUCCACUUUCCAGCCUUACUCCAAAUACCCUGGGGUAAAAAGAGACGUGAGUUACUGGCUUCCAUCCGAGUCUCCUCUUCAUACAAAUGAUGUGAUGGAAAUUGUGCGCUUGCAUGGAGGAGAUUUGGUGGAGAGCGUUGUUCUUAAGGACGAAUUUGUGCAUCCAAAAACGGGACGUAAGUCACAAUGCUACGGAAUUCAUUUCCAAUCCAUGGACAGAAAUUUGACCAACAGCGAGGUCAAUGAAAUUCAUAAGUUGGUCGAGAAGGACUUGAUCGAAACCUACGGCGUCGAGAUUCGCUAG